CGAAAUAAUUAUAAAGCACUCGUUUCUUUUGUUGGAGAAAGCAAAAACAGUUUUCCGACAAUAAAUCUAAUUGCUUUGCUAUUGGUUUAAAGUGAUUCUUGAAGUAGAAUACUUCUACCAUCACGGUGUCGCGAUUAUUGUGUCUAGCUUCCGGAAGUGCGUUUUCCGGUGAAAGUUAGUGUCGCUGGAUUAGCACGGCAACUGCCGCCACUUUUGCAGUACUAUAAUUCAAAAACCUUCCUUCGAGAGUAUCCGACCAGUUUGAAUCCUCCUGUAGUUUAUUAGCAGUGAACAAAAGCGAGCAAUUCUCGGCCAAAGAUAACCUUCAAGAUGGAUGCUUUGCCGGGACUAGUCUGCAUUACUAAAAUCAAGCCGAAUGCGGUCACCCGUAGCUAGCUGCGCUGUUACCUGUUAAAUAGAGGGAAAUCCUUGUCUAGGUGUUUUUAGAGGAAGCGUAAUAGUGCGAGUAAUUUCUUAUAGAUUUGUGUUUUUUGAGCAGCGACAACAUUUUACAUUGUUUUAACUUACCUAGAGAACCAACCCAACCAAUCCCAGUGAGAUUUUGUGUACAUUUCUAAGAGUGUUUCGAAUCGUUGACCGCAGAGUGAUUAAAUACGAAUAGUACCAUCCCUAUUGCACUAUAUUUUGAACACCGUCAAGAUGGUAAAAGAAAAACCGAAUUCAACCAGAAUCUACGAUAAGGAUGGCUAUCGACGACGCGCCGCGUGCAUCUGCGUACGAUCUGAAGAGGAAGCUGAAGUUUUACUAGUAACAUCGUCUCGCCGUCCUGAGUUAUGGAUAGUGCCAGGUGGAGGAGUUGAACCAGAGGAGGAAUCCUCAUUGACAGCAACCCGUGAGGUUCUCGAGGAAGCAGGAGUACUUGGAGAGCUGGGCAGAUGUCUGGGAAUUUUCGAAAAUACAGAGCACAAGCACCGAACCGAAGUCUUUGUCAUGGUAGUUACUCAAGAGCUAGAGGAAUGGGAGGACUCGAAAACCAUCGGUCGCAAGCGUCAAUGGUUCACGAUUGAGGAAGCUCUCACGCAGUUGGCUCGUCACAAGCCGACCCAGCGUCACUAUUUGCAGCAAAUGCGCUUCUCGAAAAAUAACGCAUCAUCGACCGAGAACUGCAUACACGUGGUAAGUAAUGCGGCGGACGACGAGCUAGAAGGAGAGUCUGUACAACCAACAUCAUCGACCGCCAGAACAGCAAACAGAACGGAAGAGACAGAUGGCACAGACCAAGACCAACAAGAAGUACCAGCGGAAGAAAGCGCUUAGGUCAUUGGCUCGCUUUUGAUGCUGGCACAGCGAUUCACGACACGGGAAAAAUUUCCGCUAAAUGUUGCCUUCACUUCCGCCCUCUUAUCAAUCUGGACCACACGUCCUACGUCAUCAUUAACCAUUUGAGAUUGCCGUAGUUAUGUGCAUUGUCUUGCGUUGAAACUGUGGUCGUAGUCCAAAUUACAGCCUUGAACUCAAAUCUUUCAAUGAAUUCAACCUUGCCCCAUUCAACCCCCUUUAUCGAAAAAAAAUUGUUUGACUUCUAACAAACCUAAAAAGGCAAUUCCUCGAGAAAUCUUCGUACCAGCAAACUGCUUGCUAUAAAAUUUCCAGCUAAAUAAAUGCAAGUCGAAAGUUGUUCACUGUUUCAAUAGAAAUCUGCGAUCCACAAAAAAUGUCAACUUCAUUCGAGAAUCCAAGUCUUGUAAUUAUAUAUACAGCUUUUUUGUCUAAAGAUCAGGAAAACAUAAAAUCUGGAAGCAAAUCCAUUUUCAGGCGAAACGAUAUUUUCAAAUCCCAGUCUUACAAUCCGUACUCAGCCACAAGAUAAGUCAUUGAUUUAAUCAAUGCAAACCAAUAAUCAUAGGUACGCAUGACAUUUCGUCGAAAAACAGUAAAUUAUUUGAACAACUAAAUACUGAUUGAUUUAAAAUCAUUUUGAAUAAUUUGUUUAAAAUUUGUUUAAAAAAAUCAUUGCAUAAAAUGCCCUAAUAAUUUAAGCCUAGGUACGCAUACUUUAACUGACUAUUUACGUUGAAAAUCUAACAAAUUACUUUUUGGAGAAAUGUCAUAAACGCAAACAAUAACACUAUAAUGGUACAUCUUGAAAAGUACCCUUGUAUGUAUUCAGCAACCCACGAUGAAGUCAUAAUACAGAUAACCUAGGGAGAAUAAUAAUACGACACAACCUUAAACUAAUGCGGAAACAAGAAUAAAGUUUAACGCUUCCUAAUCAAUUAUGUGUAAAAUUAGCCUAAUACUGUCAAAAAUCAAACCAAUUAAGCAGCUUGAAACCCGAACGAACUCACUCACCGCCAGCCUACCUUGUAUAUCUACAUAUUUUACAAUCAAAACUCAAGUUUUGCUGGAUUUUGAUUAAACAGUAUCUGUCCGCGAUACGAUACGAUUUCAUUCCCUCAUUUUGCAGAAAUAUCCCAUCUUUAUGGAACAGAUAUAUUUAUGUUGUGGGAAAUCGAAAUCUAACUACAUAUUCGCUUCAUGCGUUAGUUUUACUCACCACGAGAUUGAGCCUGGAAUAACUGUUUAUAGCUUCCAUGCGAACAAUGAUCGAAAUACAUAGCACACAAAGAGGCAAGAAGAUAUCAUUCAAACACAAAAUCGCAGUCGAAAAUUGAUGCUACCAAUUACAACGUAAAUAGUGGUCGAAAUGUGGUUGGACAAAACACAUGAGUUGUGCGGGAAAUAACGGAAAGUGAUGAACAUUAGAAUUUCUAAAUUAUACUUUGAAUACUUACACGAAUAAUACAUUAUGAUAAUUUAUAUGACAGCGAUAAAUGUAAUUAUUGUCAGGAGGAAACUAGAGAGCAAAAGGAAAAUCUUUAAACAAGAAAUGCA